AGUUUCUGGAUCUAAAACUCUGUGCAACCCUUUCAGAGAAACCAGAACCUCAUCAGGGGAAACAGUUUCAGUACUUUGUGCUAUUUUUGGUGCGCCAUAGCCAAACACUGAGAACUUGCUUGUCCUUGAGAGAAGGAAAGAAAAAGGGCUCAUAAUUUCUCUAUAGUCAUAUCUCAUCAUCCCUGCUUCUACAAGUACCAAGCAAACAAUCAUGGAUAAAUCCUUACCAGCAACUUUGUUGUUUUCUUGCUUUCUGUUGAUCUCCUUGUCUGUCUCAUCCUUAGCUCAAAAUUGCAGUAGCUACUCUUUCUCUAGGAACCAAAUAUACAGCGCCUGUAAUGACCUUUCUCAAUUGAGCUGUUCUCUUCACUGGAACUACCACCCAUCAAACAUGACAGCUGAUAUUGCAUUUCGCAAAACUGGAGCAUCAACAUCUAAUUGGAUUGCAUGGGCUCUAAAUCCCACUACGCCAAAUAUGGCUGGUUCACAGGCUCUUGUAGCUUACCAACAAUCCAAUAGCACCAUGCUUGCUUACACAGCCCAAGUAGCUGGAUCCGGAAGUAUGCAAAUUGGUAAUUUGAGUUUUGAGGUUCCCAGUAUUAGCGCCGAGUACUCCUCAGGAGGGGAUAUGGUAAUUUUUGCAACACUUAAGCUUGAUAAUAGCUUGGUGUCGACCAACCAAGUUUGGCAAGAAGGUCCUCUGAGUGGAGGUAGUCCUGGUCCACAUCCUACCACUGGAGAAAAUAUGCAAUCAGUGGGGACUGUGAAUUUUGUUUCUGGAACAGUAACUUCAACUGGAGGAGGAACUAGCUCAAAAGCCCGCAAGAGAAAUGUUCAUGGAGUGUUAAACGCAGUGAGUUGGGGAAUCCUUAUGCCCGUGGGAAUCAUUAUAGCUAGGUACCUUAAGGUGUUCAAGUCAGCAGGCCCAGCAUGGUUUUACCUGCAUGCUAUUUGCCAAACUUCUGGCUAUGCAGUUGGGGUUGCUGGAUGGGCAACUGGUAUUAAACUGGGCAGCGAUAGUCCUGGAAUCACCUACAACACCCAUAGAAAGCUUGGCAUAACCAUCUUUGCCCUCGGAACCCUUCAGGUGUUGGCCUUGCUCUUGAGGCCCAAGCCAGACCACAAAUACAGACUGUAUUGGAACAUAUACCACCACACCAUUGGAUAUACUACCGUGAUUCUGAGCAUUAUUAACAUCUUCGAGGGAUUUGAAGCUUUGGACCGCGAGAAGAACUGGAAAAAGGCCUAUAUUGGUGUUCUCAUAUUUCUUGGAUCUGUUGCUGUUGUAUUGGAAGCAGUUACUUGGUUGAUAGUCAUCAAGAGAAAGAAAACAGCAAGUUCUGAUAAGCAUGUUAAUGGAGUUAAUGGAUAUGGUUCCAGGGUACAGCAGACUGCGUAGCUGAUGAUCUAGCAUUGACAGGCUCUGUGUUGUAUGUUAUACACAUAGUUAGAUGUCCAUUAGUGAGCUUUUCUUCUUAUUUUGAUUCUUUUGGCAUUUUGUUGUACGAUGAUUGAUGCUAGUUGUUUUCGAUCUCACACACACAUAUAUGCUUGUACUUCUGUUAUUUGGUCGUGUUUUAUAACUAUAAUAGUCUUUUUUCGAGAAA